UGGGUCUGCUCAGCCUUUUCGAGCUUCAUCCAACGACCAACUCAGCUUGUCAUGCCUGCUCUGCCUGUGGCGUGAGCUCCCCCAACAAGCAAACAAACAAACAAACAACCGUAUAUGCACCCACAGCUGGAGUUGGGCUGUUUGCUCCCCUUGUAGAGCUCAUAUUCCUGGCUUGAUUGCUUUGAGUCCUCAGACUGUUUCUGGCCUCUCUUGUGGGCUGGCUGAAGUCCGACUACCGCGAAAUCUAUUCCCUUGUAUCCCUGAGGUCCGGAUGUUACACGAACCGGACUGAUCCCUGCACCUAAGACAACGUGGAGAGGCGCAAACCGGGAUGAGUGCACUUGCACGAGCGCCUUGUUUGAGACACUGGGCAGGUGAGUCUUCAAGCUCGUUACUGACGACCAGAUGGCCAUUUGGGAUUGGAGUCUCCCUUUGGUGCGCAUGAUGCUGCGAAAGCCCCAGCCCUGUUAACUCGGUAUCUCAGACACGCCGAAUCACCGCAGGAAGGAGCGGUCAGUAGUCGAGUUCUGCAGAUUUCUGAUGUUGCUCGGGAUCCUUUUGAUCAGGCUUCCAGGCCGGGCCCCAGAUCCGAAAGUGUACCUAGAGCCAGCAGCUAGGCAUCCUGGAUCUUCAGAUUGGCGAAAAUCGACCACCAAGCCACAUUCGUCUUCCAUGUCUUCAUGCUUGCCUUGUUCAUUCAGCUGCACCUACGUCAGGUAGCAAUGCCAGGAUGGCGUGCAGACGGCAGGCCCAUUGCGGGAGGGGCAAGGCGCGCGACAACGGGGCGAUCCGUGUCCGGCUCCAGCAUCAACAAGGGCCGAGGAUCGAAGGGGGCAGUCAAGCUCAAGGCCGCCUUGCCAGCGCCCUCGGGCAUCCUUGCGAAAGCCUCGAUUGACCCAGCAUUGCCACCACCGUGGACGUCAGCGCCUCGCCUCUGCCCGUUGAAGGCCACUUUGCAUAUCCUGCAUCUUUUGCUCUGUCUUUGCUUUGAGGAGCCACCCCCGGCCCUUUGCUGUCCCCACUGCUGAAUCUCUGGCCUUUGUCUGACUAUUUGCCAAUCUCUUAUCGCAUCUCCACACAAACUAGACGACGGGCUUCACAUUCCAGUCACGCAGUACUCGACUGCAGGGGUCUCUCCCUCCAUCCUUCCAACCUUCGAACGCUGCUGCGAAUAUCAAGCACACAUCUUGCCGUAGUCAAACUCUCAACAUUCUAUUCCACCUUUCUACUUUAUACUCGAGCACAUAACGAACACUAGCCGAUCGUUUUGUUCACGGAUCCCAUAUUCUGCCUUGCCCUGAAACCCAAUUCUUACCUCUCCUGGUCAGUCUUUUGAUACUUUGUUUCUCGUGGUCGCUGCGAUCACUCCUAGUCGACGAAUGACCAGUAUCUUGCAGCAAGCACGGCGUACAUCAACCGCAGUGGCCUUCGAACUUGUCAUAUUGCUUCCAUUUUGACAGCCGUGACAGCUUCAAGUCUUCAAAGCUGUGUCUGUUUCCUUCGCAAAGUUUGCAUUUGACUGGCGUUUGGCUGAGUUGUUGCACUUCCAAGAAUGACCGACUAUGCGCCACGAAGCAGUCAAGAUUACAAUACUUUCUUUCCCAACCCGCACGUUGCUGUGUCGCCCUAUUCAAAUGGCAACGGUAUCAACUACCUCUAUGGAAACGGUCAAGUUCAGUAUCAGGCCGUAAGCGCCCCGUGUCAAGCCUAUGCGACAACCUUCCCAUCGAGUCAAGGCACGCUCUCUACCCCCGUCUAUAUGCCCAACGGCUCUGGACACCACGUUCAAUAUCCCGUCACAAAUAACAGAGUUCCCACUCUGCCAUCUCAAUCUCGGGCCCUUCCGCAUGAGACAUAUUACCCGACGACCUCAUCCGACCCACGCAGCGCAGCGCACCAGCCACGCCUCGUUCCACCGAGGGACUUCAGUCAGAUGGACAGCACUGAAUGUCAAGAAUCCCCAAAUGAAGAUACCAUGCUUUCGGAACCGGUCAUGCCUCCUCUGGAAGGCUAUCCCGACGUGCAUGAAUUCGAUAGUCUGAUGAAACGUUACGUUCAAGGUCUUUCCCCAAAGAAGCAAGAUAAAGCGUUGAUUCAUGCCCGUCGUGCCGCCAAUAUCAGACAGGUCCUGAUCGACAAAAAGACCACUUCCAUUGAGUCCGCGCAGUUUCGGUUUUGGGUGAAGAAGAUGUUCACGCUUCAACCGGGAGAAGGGAAGGCACCGGAAGCCCGAAAGAUAUGCCAUGAGGGGAAACCGGUGGCAGUACGGGAAAAGCUUUUCAAGAUCCUCACCAAAGCACACAAACAAUGCCAGCAUGGUGGCCGUGACAAGACGUCUGCACAAGUGAGGCGGGUUUAUUCAUGGGUACCGAAGGAGCUUAUCUCCAGAUUUGUCAAAUUGUGCCCAACUUGCCAGGUGAGAAGAGGGACUCGCAAUUCCCCCCCAGAAUCAGAGAAGAGUCCGGAAGCAAGGAUGGAAGAGCAAUCCCCAGAAGCAAUCUCGACGACCAACUCGAGAAAGAAUUCAACAGCAAGCCGACAGCUCAACACCAAUGCGAACUUACCAUUACAGACGGCCGGCUUUAACAGCAGCCCGACAUUUCAACAGCAGAACCGCUGGAUGACUCCAUUGCAGCCUCCGCAGGCAGAUCCACACCGCAGCAACCACAUAUCACCAGCAGGCAACCUCAGUACGCACGACUCUUACAAUAUAAUCCCGCCAAUGCCUAUGAACUGUUCCAACGCUACGCCACCAGGACUGACUUUUGCGUCUGUCAGCUCGUAUGGAAACACAAACAACCCUUCCUCCACAUAUAGCACAGGCUCUUUGGCCCAGGUUGCGCACGGGCAUGUUGGAGCCGAAAGCAAUUAUCUGGUCAAAGCCGACCAUUCUUACAUAUGAACGGGGCUCGACCUUUUGGGCUGCGCUACUAACUUCCUGGCGAGCUACAGUGCCCAGGCUGCGUUCUGUGUUGUUGAUGCUCGACGAAGACUCAAGUGCUAUCAAGUCGUCCAGGACAACACAAGAGUUGGGAGUUUCACUUCAAGCUAAGCGACCAUGCCCAGGGGGCACAAAGACACUAGGGAUGCUGGCUAUCUGUCGAAGUUUCCAGACAGCAUUGCAGGAGCACAACAAUCCUGGCGUCUUUGACUAAGCCUGGUCAAUACUAUUUCGACACAUUUUCGGUAUUUAAUGUUGUUUGGCAACUGACGGUUGCAUUGGUUGGGUUUCGGAAAGGAUAUAAAAAAGGGACCGGAAAAGCAAGGCAAGAUCAUGACGGGUCAAUCUGGUCAGACGUCUGCAAGAAAGUAUGCUCUCGAAAGAUCCUGCCAUCACAUGGGCCACUCGACACUACAACGGUGGCCCGAAUUGGGGAAACUGGGUUCACACAAGGCUAUAUAUAGAUGAUUCUGGCAGAAUCAACAGAUGCUGGCAAGGUUGUCCUGUACCACUGGCAGUUGGUCUAAGGCAGAGGAACAUGACAACGUUGCACGCAGAAUGUAUUUGAUGUGCAGCGACAAGUGUGAGGCCAACCAGGCCCAAUAGAUGGUUACUGUUGUACUGAGUGCAGUCGUUGAAGUGUAAUGUGAUCUACUGAACAUCAAGUCAUUCACAAUGCGGUUCGAGUUGACUUUUGAUGGCCUCUUGGCGUGAACACGAGCUAUAAUCCGC